CUAUACCGCCAUUAUGGAACAACAGCUCGAUCUCACCAAGCUCACCGACAGCGACAAGAAGGAGCUCAACCAGGUCCUGACCAACGAGGCUCAGAAGUCCAACAUUCAGCAGACUGUCCACCACCUGAACGAAGUGUGCUGGGAAAAGUGCAUCACCAGCAAGAUCACCUCCGGCACCCUCGAUAAGUCUGAGGAGUCAUGCGCACAGAACUGCGUUGACCGGUGGAUGGAUACCAGUCUGGCUAUCCUCUCGAAGCUGGACAACAUGCGCGGCGGCCCCGGCCACUAAGCGU